CAAUUUUGCUGUAAAUAUAUUGAGAAGGUAUCGAAUAUAUAAGAACAAAAUUUAACUUGCUUUGAUAUAUAAUUAUAAAAGUGUCUACUUACUAAUAAAUUAUAAUAAUAUUAUGUUUACAUUCGACAAAAUUUUGAAAAGAAUUUUAGUAAGGUUAUGAUCGCAAGAAGAUAUUGAAACCAGUGCUCAAUAUGUCUGAACAAAGUACUCAAGAAAAAAGUGAACUCAUAAUUGCAGAAGAUAAAAUAAAUAUAGAUGUAGAAUCGAAUAAUUUGGAAAUAUUAAAACAUAUUGAAACAAAUGAACAUGAACAUAAUGAAGUUAUUGAAAUAAAUAAUAAAAACAAUGAGAAUAAUAAGACAUUAGAAAAUAAAGAUAGAACGAAAAGUAAUCACCGCAUACUUGAAACAGAGAAAAAUGAUUAUGGAUAUUAUGGAGUUGAGAAUUCACGAGAAAAACAGAAUUCACCUUAUACCCGUACUGUUUGGGUAGAAUUAGCAGGUUUUGGUCGAGAGAACAUGGCGCCAAGUGAAGGCAUUCCCUUAGAUUAUGAACCGGAAUCAAGAAAUUCAUUUGUUAAAUUUGUAUUUCUUAUAGUGCUAAUUAUGCUGCUAUGUACAGUUGGAUUCAAUGUGUUUGUUUUGCUUACGGAAGAUGUGAGAAAUCUAUUCGAGUCUCUGGGAUUAAUUCUGCUCCUACCGGCACUUAUAAUAAUGCUAGCGGUAAAUUAUGCGAUGGUAUGUUCUACGUGCGCAAGAGUGACGCCUUGCAACAUCGUUUGUCUUUGUAUGGCGGUAGCAGCCAUGAGCGUAAUUACGGCGUAUUUCACAGUAAAAUACGAAACCCGUUUGGUAUUGUACGCCAUUUUGGCAACUGUGUGUACUGUUAUUGUGUGUAUACUUCUGGCUUGCAGUAAAUUCGACUUCACCAAAUGGAUCCUAUACGUUGCGCUGAUAGGAGUGGCAGUCACUGCCGUCUCCAUGAUGAUAUUGAUCUCGUGGCUGGCAACUGGCACCUAUUACAAGCCACUCCAUAUUGUUAUACUUCUUGUCGGCACGGUUCUCAAUGUUGUGGUACUGGUCAUUGAGUUACAGACUAUACUGGGUGGUCGUGCUGUGGAGCUUAGUGAAAACGAUUACGCAUUGGCAGCUUUCAUGUUGUACACGUCUAUUGUUGACCUCUUCAUUAAAAUGCUACAGCUGGCGGGUCUCUUUGAUACUUGAUUAUGCAUUAUUUUCAUUUUGUUGUGCUUUAUUUUGUUAUAUUAAGUGUUUUUUUUUUUUAUUAUAUUUACAGUUGAAUAUAAAUUGUUUAUUAUAUAUUGACUCGUGUCUUUUAUUUGUUUGGCAAUGACAAGCUGAUGGUUAUAUGGUGGAAAGUGCAUAGCUGCUUGGUGGCUGAACCAUUAACUAUUG